AUGGCCAAAGCAGAGCCAAUUGCUAUUGUUGGACGCAGCUGUAGAUUCCCUGGGGGUUCUUCUACCACAGCGCGACUAUGGGACUUUCUACUAGAGCCUCGGGAUCUCUCUUCUCGGCCGCCUUCAGGACGGUUCAAUGCAGAUGCCUUCUAUCACGAGGACCCAAGACGCCUUGGAACAACCAAUGCCGUCAAAUCCUACUUCCUUGACGAGCCAAUAGACCGAUUUGAUGCACCUUUCUUCAAUAUCUCGAGAACCGAGGCUGAGAGUAUCGACCCCCAACAGAGACUGCUGUUAGAAGCCGUGUAUGAAGGCUUAGAGACUGCUGGAUAUCGCCUGGAGGAUUUAUCAGGAUCAUCUACCGGGGUCUUUUGCGGUGUCAUGUGUGAUGACUAUCGAAGCAUGCUCUUCCGAGACUUGGAUACUGUCCCCCGAUACGCUGCGACGGGAACUUCACAGGCUAUCGUGGCAAACAGAAUCUCGUACUUCUUCAAUCUCUCCGGGCCGUCAAUCACAGUCGAUACAGCAUGUUCCUCCAGCCUGGUAGCUGUGCACUUAGCGGCAAGGGCACUGGCAGACAGGGAUUGCCGCGUUGCUGUCGCGGCUGGGACAAACUUGAUCCUGGCCCCUAAUGUCUUCCUCAGCGAGUCAAGCCUGAACAUGCUGAGUCCAAGUGGUCACAGUCGCAUGUGGGAUGCCAAUGCAGAUGGAUACGCUCGUGGUGAAGGCGUGGCGGUUGUGGUAAUGAAGCGGCUAAGCGAUGCAAUCAGGGAUGGCGAUCAUAUCGAGUGCGUGGUGCGCGCAACGAAUGUGAACCAAGAUGGAAGGACUCCGGGUAUUACCAUGCCAUCUCCAGAGGCACAGAAAGAUCUAAUAUUGAAAACAUAUGCGGACGCUGGAUUAGAUCCUCAGAACCGCCCGGAGGAUCGGUGUCAAUACUUCGAGGCGCAUGGCACGGGGACACGGGCCGGAGAUCCACAGGAAGCUCGGGCGAUUCACGAUGCCUUUUUCGGGCCGAAUACUUCGGCUGCCCAGGAAGGUAGUCCCUUGUUGGUUGGCUCCGUGAAGACGAUCAUCGGCCAUACAGAAGGCGCAGCAGGCCUAGCCGGUUUACUCAAAGCAUCCCUGUGCAUCGAAAACGCGACCAUCAGUCCAAAUAUGCACUUUCAGAACCUCAAUCCUGAUAUUUGCCCUUAUGCAGGCUCACUGCGAGUGCCCACUGAAGUCCUCCCAUGGCCGACCCUUCCACCAGGACUGCCUAGGCGUGCGUCAGUUAAUUCAUUUGGCUUCGGUGGGACUAAUGCUCAUAUCAUUCUGGAAAGUUACAAUGGGGGACCACGGAGCCAUCCCUCGAAAGAUCCACUGGCCAUUUUACCCUUUGUCUUUUCAGCAAGCUCCGAGUGGGCUUUGGGGCAGCUGCUGGAUCGCUAUAGUGACUUUCUCGAUGAAACUCCCUCUGUUGACUUAAUGAAUCUGGCGUGGUCACUGUUCGCUCGAAGGAGUCUGUUCAGCCACCGACUUUGGUUCUGUGCAUCAUCAGCUACAGAAUUAAGAGAUGCUAUACGAGAAGAAAUAUAUUCCCGGCAAUCCGGCACCCCUGCAACUAUCAUGGGAACCCCACGCUGUGACCCAAAACGCAUCCUAGGGGUGUUCACUGGUCAGGGAGCACAAUGGGCAAGGAUGGGCAUGGAGCUAAUCCGAGCAUGCCCGGAAGCAGUUAGAUGGAUGACUGAAAUGCAGAGAUCGUUGGACGAGCUACCAAAGCAGUAUCGCGACACAGGCUUUUCGUUGAUGCAUGAGCUCUCAUUGUCCCCAGACACAUCACGGGUGAACCAAGCCACCGUGUCGCAGCCCUUAUGCACCGCCAUCCAAAUAGUAUUGAUAAAGGCCCUAUCAGCUCUAGGAAUAAAGCUCUCAGCUGUUAUAGGGCAUUCAUCUGGGGAGAUAGCUGCCGCCUAUGCAGCAGAUUUCAUCACGGCCUAUGAUGCAAUUCGCAUCGCCUAUUUCAGGGGGGUCUUUUCGCGACUGGCGCGGAGUACCAGCGGUCAGGCAGGUGCCAUGGCAGCCGCUAGCCUAUCCCACGAGGAAGCAGAAAUCCUGUGCAGAGAGUCAAGGUGGGCAGGUCGAGUGACAAUUGCCGCCUAUAACUCUCCGAGUAGUGUAACGCUUUCCGGAGAUGCUGAUGCAAUCCGUGAGCUGUGCAGCAUGAUGCAGCAUGAGGGCAAAUUCUGCAGGGCGCUGAAGGUGGACACUGCAUAUCACUCAAACCAUAUGCUUGCUUGCUCCACCAAAUAUAAGAAAGCCCUGGCGGAUUGUGGCAUCACGCCGACUCGGAACAGUUCGGCCACCAAAUGGUUCUCUAGCGUACUGGAUGGCCGCAAAAUGAGUCAGCAUCAUCGGGAACUACUCUGCUCGGAGUACUGGAAUGAAAAUUUGGUCAGCCCAGUUAGGUUCAACCAGGCUGUGGUUGCAGUAACCCACGAUACGCCAUUUGACCUUGCCAUUGAGAUUGGGCCACAUCCGGCUCUGAAGGGGCCUUUCCAGCAGAGCUUAGUAGGUUCCGAAGUACCCUACACGAGUAUGCUCAAGCGUGGCUCAAAUGACAUGCUAUCUGUCGCAUCUAUGAUAGGAACCUGCUGGGCCCACCUGGGACCGGACUCGAUUCACCUGGAGGAAUACACUAAGCUUUGUGGUAAUGCGCGUGCCCCACAGCUCCUGAAGCGUCUCCCAUCGUAUCCAUUUGAUCAUCGGGAGGGUUAUUGGGGCGUAUCGCGCCUAACGAAUGCAGCGCUUAAACGUAACGAUACACUGGAUGAGCGUUUAGGAAUUCUGUGUCCAGAUUCUGGUGAACGUGAGUGGCGUUGGCGCAACCACCUGCGCCACGAGGAUGUUCCACGGAUUAAUGGACAGCGUGCUCAGUCAAAGAUCCUAUUUCCCCUGAGCACCUCCGUUGCCAUGUUGUGGAACGCUGUAAUGGUUAUUACACACGCCCAACCAUUUCGCUUCGUCGAAAUUUCCGACGUUGCAAUGCUGCAUACAGUUGUGCUUGAUGCUCAUAUGGAGCAGAGCAUCGAAACAUUGUUCAAGGUUGACGUGUUGACUGAUGAUAAGGAGCUUAUGCUUCUGGAAUUCGCCUGUUUUAUUGAAAGUGAAGGCUCUAUGCGGCGCUGUGUCUCAGGGAAGGCGUCGCUGCAUAAAGGAGAGGAGUCCCCCACGCUGCUACCCUCUCAGCCAUUCGAUGUUAGCAGCCUGACACUAACAGACCCUGCCCCAUUCUAUUCAACACUCGCCAAGCUAGGGUAUGAAGUCUCCGAAGAGCUCGUGAUUUCCAAGCUGCAGCAUAAUGACCCUCAUACCCGCGGAUUCUUGGUGAGCCUGGAACAGACGUGCCCAAAGUCUCAGGCUGACCAUGGAGCGCUCAUUGACGCUUCAAUUCAGACCCUUCUCGCAGCUGCAGAUGCACAUGGUCCAACGCCAUUAUCGGGCCCUUUUGUGCCGAGUAAGAUUAGGCGCAUUGCUCUAAAUCCCAUGGCAAUCCACUUGCGCAUACUAGGCAACCAAGUGGUAUUCGACAGUAUCUUGAGCAAUGCCACUAGCUAUGACAUAGAAGGCGACGUCGAUCUCUUCGCGGAGGGGGGGCAAGGCAUUAUGCAGGUAGAGGGCGUUACUCUUGUUCCAGUCACGGAGCCAGAGGAACGGGACUGCACAAUAUUUUCACAAGUCGCCUGGGGUCGCUUGAACCCAUGUAUUUCUGCAGAGUAUACAGACCUGCGUAUUGGGGUCGAUGAUCAUGACCCAGAGACACAUGAGCGGAUUGCCCUCUGCUACAUGGCCCAUGCGGCCAAGCUGGCCCCACAACACGAACGCAUUCACAUGGAUGCCCAGACCACAGCUUUGUUGGAUUGGAUCGAUAAUGUUCUGCAGCAGACAAACUCCGGUGGUCAUCCGGUCUGUCGUCGGGAGUGGAUGGUCGAUACAGUCGAACGGAUUGAAGCCCUAGCGCCUGAAGGCUCAGGCUAUAAAACCUAUGACAUUCUGCAUGCGGCUGGCAGAGACCUGGUUAAGGCAAUCCAAAACCAGGGCGAGGCAGAUGGAUCAAGCAAGCAUUUCGAUGAGUGGCAAAGACAUUCCGUUGACAUCCGUGAGCUCAGGUGUGGCAUGCGGGAUGUGCUCGAGCAGAUAUGCUUCCGAUAUCCACAUCUAAAUAUUAUCGAAGUGGGAGGCCACACAGAAGCAGACAAUGCUUUAUCUCGUAUGGGCUUUCCCUUUAAGUCUUAUACGCACACACGGCCACCCAAUGGCUGCGUGGAGAAGCCCAGUGACCUGGAGAAUCCACAUGAGCAUCGGAUGAUGGAGCUUGAUGUUUCCAAGAACCCUGCGGAUCAAGGCUACACGGAGCAUUCGUAUGAUGUGGUUCUGGUUCCCAGUGUACUUUGUCCCACUAUAUCCCGCGACCAAGCAUUGUUGAAUCUUCGUCGUCUCUUGAAACCAGGUGGCUAUUUAUUGGCUAUCGAGGAGACGAAUCCAUCUGUACUCCAUGCCACACUCCUUGCACCUUCCCUGGGCUUUGGCAGAGAGGAAAUAUGGACACCAGACAGGUGGCACUCUGCCCUUCAGGACAGUGGCUUCUCUGGGAUUGAUACCAUGACUCCCACCGUGUACAAGCCUCUGCAACCAUACUCUUUGGUAGUGUCGCAGGCCGUCGAUGAUACAAUUGUUGCCCUCCGCGACCCGUUGGUUAGAGCCGACACAGGCCCAGAUGACCGUGACCUCUAUAUCAUCGGGGGCAAUACCCCAGAAACCUCGAACCUUGUGCAGGGGCUAGACGCAAUUUUGACCCCAAGAUUCAGGUCAUUAUUGAAAGUUCCGGAGCUGAAGGCAUUGGGCGCGAUAGGCCACGCCAGGAUAAAUGUCCUGUACUUGGGUGUUUUAGAUACCCCAUUAUCUGAAGACCUCGAUGAAGAUCAAUACAAUUGGCUUCAACAUAUGGUGAACAUAAGUGACAAUAUCCUUUGCGUGACACGAGGCACUAGGUCCAGUAUCUGGAACGAAGGACACUUUACUACUACACUGCGCAGUCUUGCUUCACAAAAGCAACAACUUCGCCUCCAGUGCCUUCAAAUGAGCCAGGACACCCAGACGACCCCGUGUUACGUUGCAACAGCGCUUCUCCAGCUAAUCAACAAUCCACUUACUAAUGAUCAUCAACUCCCAACCCAUGUAUGGAGCAGCGAGCCCCAUUUGCUAUUAGAGGGUGGGGUGGCCUACAUCCCCAGGAUCAGGCCUAAUGAAUCAAUGAACCAACGGGCGUCUGCUGACCAGCAAACCACAUACCAAGAGGUUGAGCUCUCCAAGUCUGGAGUGCGCCUGGUGUCUAAUCCCGGCCCUCAGCACUUGGCCAUACAGCCGGCAAUGCGGGACGAACCCAACAUGACCCGAGUCCAAGUAGUAUUUUCUUCGCAGUCGGCAAUCAAGGUCGGCAGUGAAUCUUUGUACCUCGUGGUUGGCAAGGUGCUCAAUGGGCGGUCCUCCGUGAUUUGCUUUUCGGACGAAUGUGCGUCGGUUGUUUCAGUUCCGUCUUGCUGGGUCCGGCCCUUCGAGUGUCUUGCACAAGACGGACCCAAGCCCCUGAUGGCUGUGAUUUUGGCCCUGGCAGCUGUAGUCGCAGUCCGCCUCGCAGGCUCAAACACUACUCUGGUCGUCCACGAGCCUUGCAACACUAUUCGUGCGCUAUUAGUAGCCUAUGCGCAUACGCAAAAUGUGUCAUUGCUGUUCACGACUGGUAGUUCUGAAGCCCCCACAUCCGAUCACUAUAUCCAUCCAUUGAGCCCCAAUCGCGCUCUUGUCAAGUUACUUCCAGAUAACGUAUCGAUGAUCUUAAGGUGUGAUGAAGAAGCCGGGGGCAUAUUCUCUCGCUCAGGCUUACCGCUAGCUCCAGGCGUUCUUGUGACAGAAAUUCGAAGCCUUUUUUCCUCUGAGCCAUACAUACGCGGUCGUGAAGCCAACAAUUCCACGGCUGCAGACUUCCUGCACUUGGCCUUGGGUCUGGCAGAGAGCAGAGAUAUCGCAAAUGACUCGGAGCUCAGCGUGAUUGACGUGCAACAGCUUGCUGCUUUGAAACAUGACACUGGACUACCGGCCGUGGUUGAUUGGUCCAACCCUUCCGCUGUUCGAACCAUCGUGCAGAAAGCUAGCUCUGAGCUUGUGUUCUCUGCAGAGCUGGCGUAUCUCGUUGUGGAUCUGGACGGGGCAACUGCUAAGCCUGUAGCAGAAUUACUCAUCCAUAAGGGUGCUAGAAAGGUCGUACUCAUAGGGUCAUCUUCUGGUGUCGAUCAGGAUUGGAUAAAUGAAAUUGGCCUGCUAGGAGCCAGGAAUAUCACCGAUCGUGAGUCGGUCGCUGCAGUAAAAGCCACCAUCAUUCGAGAUAUUGGCCCAAUAGGAGGUAUUAUGAGUGGGGUUAUUGCGAUACUUGACCCUCAUGUUACGACAGAUACAGCCGUCCAAGGCGCAUCACGUCCGGAAACCCACGGCGCUAGAAUUCUGAGCGAAGUUUACAAUGAUAGGGAACUGGAAUUCUUCAUUCUUUCCGCGCCGAGUGUGUGGCCACUUGGCUUUCCAGGUCACGAUUCUACUCUACGUGACGCCGUUUUAUUCGGCAUUGCACAUGAACGGAGGAGUAUGGGAUUAGUGGCCAGUAUAAUACAUUCCAAGUCCCUUGCGGAAAUGGCUCUUUCAAAGCAGGAGAUUGGUGAAGUAUUGGCAGAAGCCAUCAUUGCCGGCCGUGUGUCUUCGCAGGGUCCCUUCAAUGUGAUCCCCGCGGCAGCAAUCAGCCAGAGCAGGGAAUAUUCACACAUUGAUUGCUCCCAGAACCCAAUCCUUUGGUCUAUAAUAUGUCCCAAGCUCACUCCUUCACCACCAGCGGAAGGGCAGUCCAGAGGGGAAGACCUCACCCUCCAACAGGAGAUGGCCAGAAGUGACCGGGAGAUUGAUAACUUGCAGAAGAUCAUCCAGGGGAAAUUUAUAGCAAAGCUCGAAAGGUUCUUCGCUUGA